GCACCUCUGGGUACGCAGCGGUGGCACAGGCAGCGGAUGUUCUGCUCCUCCACACAACUACCAAGAAACCUUUAGUUUCCGUCAUAUUCUCAACAUCUGGAUUUCAAUCUGUGGCCGCGCCGCCCGAGACACACUCAUCACCAGCCUUGUUUUAAUUGAAGGAACUUUUUUUGGGGGGGAAGAAGAAAAACAGGUAAGAUGGAACAUGAGACGUCCUUGAGCGCGCUGUCACUCACCGGAGCCAUCGUUUGUGCUGAUGCACAGUUUUCUUCGUGUUUUAUUUUUUCCCACCAGCAGUCGUGAGAAAUCUUUGCUGACAUCUGUGUAACCGGAGCGCGCAGUUUACACCCAGCAGCAGCAGCAGCAGCGGUCAGUCCGGUCCGUGCGUCCUGCGCCAUGGAGAGCAGCGUGGUGCACAUCUUCAAGGAGGAGCGCUGUCCCUCGGGCCAGCCGGAGGACUGCGUCCCGAACUUCACCUGGCAGCCCGGAUCCCCGGACCUCUUCAACUACACCCCCAACGGCACAUGGGACUCCGAGCCCGAGCCCCUGUCGCCCAUCAUCCCCAUCAUAGUGGCGGUGUACUCCGUGGUGUUUGUGGUGGGCUUGGUGGGCAACUGUCUGGUGAUGUAUGUCAUCAUUAGAUACACCAAAAUGAAAACGGCCACCAACAUCUACAUCUUCAACCUGGCCGUGGCCGACGCCCUGGUCACCACCACCAUGCCCUUCCAGAGCACCGAUUACCUGCUCAGCUCCUGGCCAUUUGGCAAGGUGGCGUGCAAAGUCUUCAUCUCCAUCGAUUACUACAACAUGUUCACCAGCAUCUUCACCCUGACCAUGAUGAGCGUGGACCGCUACGUGGCUGUGUGUCACCCGGUCAAGGCCCUGGACAUCCGCACGCCCGUCAAGGCCAAGAUCAUCAAUGUGGUCAUCUGGAUGCUGUCGUCUGCCGCCGGGAUCCCUGCCAUGAUACUGGGCAGCACUAAAACCAAUAACGGAACCACAGAAUGUGCCCUACAGUUCCCCGAGCCCUACAUCUACUGGGACACGCUAAUGAAGAUCUGUGUCUUCAUCUUCGCCUUCGUGGCGCCUGUCAUCAUCAUCUGCGUCUGCUACACGCUGAUGGUCCUGCGGCUGAAGAGCGUGCGCCUCCUGUCGGGCUCGCGCGAGAAGGACCGCAACCUCCGCCGCAUCACACGCCUGGUGCUGGUGGUGGUCGCCGUCUUUGUGGUGUGCUGGACGCCCAUCCACAUCUUCAUCCUGGUCAAGGCCCUGUCGUCCAACGUGCCCGAGACCACCGCCGUCAUGGCCGCUUACUUCUUCUGCGUGGCGCUGGGCUACACCAACAGCAGCCUCAACCCCAUCCUCUACGCCUUCCUCGACGAGAACUUUAAGAGGUGCUUCAGGGACUUUUGCUGCCCUGGGAAGCCGGGACACAGGGACUGCCAGGGGGUGAGCCGGGUGAGGAGCACCCUGCGGGACCACUCGUGUCCCACAGACCCUCACGGAGGUAUGAGGCAGGCCAGGCCCGUAUGACUAGCCAUGGAAAUGUCCUCCAUGCGUCAGGGCUGGGAGGACUCCAACGACCUGGGCUUGACUCAAAUCACCACAAGCAUCUAACGCAGAGGGCUAGUCUUUAUUUCUUUAUCCAGAGGGUUGGCUAGAGAGUCCAAUGGCCUGUUCACGUAAAGGAUGAUAUUGUGAUAAUCUGCAGCAGUGGCCACCGCUUUUGGAAAAUCACUAAUCCUUUAAAAAGAUAAUUAAAAGGAUCACCAAUGUUUGUAAUGAUUUACACCUUCUUUAGGAAUCACUUGUUUGCCACAGACAACAGAAAAGGUCGGGAUGUAGGAAAGUUUUCAGAUACCGACUAAGUCAUUGUUGGUUUUGCUCUCUUUCUGGCGACAUCUCUAAAGUGGAGAUUCAAAUCCUAUGAGAUCGCGACAGUGAAAGUUUAAAUAAGCCUCUGAAAUCGCAGCCCAGUUAGUUCUUAAAUCACUGUAUUCAGAAUUUUACAACUUCUACAGAAAUUGCAGCUUGAUGUAUAAAAAAAAUUUUUAAAAGCUGAAAUCUAAACAAAGCAUAUUCUUCUUCAUCUCAUUGUUUAUAUCGAUAAUUUAAAAAAGACAAGACAAACCAAAAGUGUUUUACCGUGUGAAUAUUCACAUUUCGCUAUUCGUCCAAUAGGCUUUAAUUACUCAAGUGAAUAAUAUAGUUCUCAAGUGCAUAAAAAGAUCAAGUGGAGUUUUAUGCACAGGAUGAAAAAGUCAAAUACUUAUUUUUCAGGCACAAUCUUGAGCAUCAUUUUACACUAUUUGUGUCUAAUGUGAAUUGUGAUGUGGUGUAAAGCUGUUCUGUAAAUCUAUAGCAUCGCCUUUAUCUUUGAGGAGUCGCCCCUUGGCGAGUAAACCCAUGUAGGAUAUGUAAUAACCUCUCAGGGAUCAUCCUCCGUAAAUCACCCCGAGCAGAUAAUGAAUCUUUUUAUCUUGACGAGACGUCGAAACAUCCACUGUUUUCUGUGCAUGAAGCAGCGGUCUGUACAGCCGACACUGCUCCUCGCCCUCCAACCACCUCUGCCACGAGGCUACGUCACAUCCAGGAGAUGUCGAGUGUUGCCCACAGUGAUGUCGACCUGGCCGUGUUCUCACCUUGUCUGAAACCACGAGUACAUGUGAAAACUGGGCCGAGGACUCCAAGGCAACAAGAUAACAACACACCGCUCAUGAAAAUAAAAUUUUUCUCUCCGAUUUUUUAAAAUUUUUAUUCUAUUGUAGAAUCGACAGCCUGAAAUGUGAUAUUAAGCAGUUCAUUUAAAUAGCAAUGCGUGGGCUCCUCAGCUUUAUGUGUUUGACAGCUCCUGCAGUGAUGAGGAAUAAAUGAGUUCAUUAUUCUAACUAACAAUCAGUGAAUGAAUCCAGAUAAGGAACUUUUUUCUUUCCGUGGUAUACAUUGAAUUCAUUUCAGUUCUCCUGGAUGGAGCCACUGUUUAUUGCGCUGUAAUUCACCUCCUGUGACAAGUAAUUUGAUUCAAUGUUGUUAUUGGAGCUUUUCAUCAAAUCCACCUUAUCAAAUUAAAUCCAUAUCCUAACCAUAAAUAUAUAACCUGCCAAACUCUGAUAAAGCUGUCGUUAUAGCAGAAGAUGUGUUUUUGUGCCUUAUCCUUGGUGUCUUAACUCUGAUAGCUUGCUCGCUCUGAAACGUCAGCAAUCAACCACAUCCAUUUUCGUGAUUAUUAUUUCUUUCCUUAAGAGUCUGAAAAUAUUUGCUUGUGUAAACUUACUGCUGAAGGUUAUUGUAGCACUAUCUAUUCCUAUUGGUCUCACAGUGGACAGCCCACUGUUUGCUUCUUAACGAUUCCUUUAAUACUCUAACGACAGGAUUUCAUGCUUUGCCUCCACUGUUCACGAGCAGCUGAACUCAGCCCAGGUCCGAGCACCACGUGUGAAUAAUGUGCUGCUGCUUUGUAAACUCAUUGUAUCUGUUAUACGCUGUAUUUAUAUUUUUAUGUAUCUUAUAGCUCUGAAUGUCAGAAGUCACAAUAAAGCUGGUGAUCACGAUAAAUCACCAAAGAAAA